CUCCCUAGAGACAUGCUUCGGACCGGUGCUGCUGCUGCGCUCGUUGCGUGCGGUCUGUCUGCCUCUCUGUUGAGCCCUGCCUGCGGCUUCUUCCUAGCACCUUCGUCGUCGUUUCGAGGCAUCAGCCGGGACGCUCCAACCCCGCCAUCGUCGCUUCAGGCGCAACAGCGGUGGACCAUGGGCAUGGAACAGAUCAAGGUUACCAAGGACCCCAGCGAGGAGGAGAUUAAGGCUCUCGGCGCCCGGAGCUGGCCGACGUGGGGUUGCGGCGUUUCAAAGUUCCCCUGGACGUACGAGGGCACGGAAACCUGCCUCAUCUUGGAGGGGGACGUGACCGUGACGCCCGAUGACGACAGAGACGCCGUUGAGGUCGGGGUGGGAGACCUUUGCGUGUUUCCCGACGGGAUGAGCUGCACUUGGGACGUCAGGGCUCCCGUCAAGAAGCACUACAAGUUCGAGUAGAAGCCAAGAGCGGCGGCGGAGGGACGCAGGGGCUGUGAUGGCAAACGAAGGCGUGGUGGUGGUUCGCACGUAGUGAGAAAAGGCACCGUAGCUUCGAGUAGACGCCGAACUCCGACAUGUAGAUGGGCUCACCACCCAAAGAAGCGGCGAUGAUUUGAUGCCCGUAUUUUUUUUUUGUCGUUUCUCCCCAGGUUGGACAUGUAUGUAUUCCGAAGCGUACUCGUACUUUAUUCGGGGUAAAGUUCCGCGCAGCUGUACUAGGUUUUGGGAGGAACGAGUACUCCAAGCAGUACGCGCGA